CGAGAUGGGUCCGCUGCCGCCAUUGUGCAUCGCUGCUCCCAGCGGAGGGUUCCGGCUGUGGCCAGUACCUCGGCGUCUCCGCGUCGCCCGGCAGGUCCGGGGCUCCGGUCCGUGCCGGUGCAGGCGCCGGCAUGUGGCUGUGGGAGGACCAGGGCGGCCUCCUGGGCCCCUUCUCCUUUGUGCUGGUGCUGCUGCUGGUGGUGACACGCAGCCCCUUCAACGCCUGCGUACUCACCGGCAGCCUCUACGUCCUGCUGCGGCUCUUCAGCUUCGAGCCGGUGCCGUCCCGCCGGGUCCUGCAGGUGCUCAAGCCCCGUGACCGCGUGUCCGCCAUCGCCCACCGCGGCGGCAGCCACGACGCGCCCGAGAACACGCUGGCGGCCAUCCGGCAGGCAGCUAAGAAUGGAGCAGCAGGUGUGGAGCUGGACAUCGAGUUUACUUCUGACGGAGUUCCUGUCUUGAUGCACGAUAACACAGUAGAUAGGACAACAGACGGGUCUGGCCGACUAUGUGAUCUGACAUUUGAACAAAUUAGGAAACUUAACCCUGCAGCAAAUCACAGACUCAGAAAUGAGUUCCCUAAUGAAAAGAUCCCUACCCUGAAGGAAGCCGUGACAGAGUGCCUCAGCCACAACCUCACAAUCUUCUUUGAUGUCAAAGGCCAUGCAGAUAUGGCUUCUGCUGCUCUCAAGAAUAUAUACAUGGAAUUUCCACAGCUGUACAAUAACAGCAUGGUCUGCUCAUUCUUGCCAGAAGUCAUCUACAAGAUGAGAAAAGUGGAUCAAAAAGUAAUAACAGCCCUAACUCACAGGCCCUGGAGCCUGAGCCAUACUGGAGACGGGAAGCCUCGCUACACCGUCUUUUGGAAACAGUCCAUGUUUGUGGUGUUGGACAUCUUGCUUGACUGGAGCAUGCACAAUGUCUUGUGGUACCUCUGUGGAAUCUCAGCCUUCCUCAUGCAGAAGGAUUUUGUCUCCCCGGACUAUUUGAAGAAGUGGUCAGCUAAAGGAAUCCAAGUUGUUAGUUGGACCGUCAACACCUUUGAUGAAAAGAAUUACUAUGAGUCCCAUCUUGGGUCCAGCUACAUCACUGACAGCAUGCUAGAAGACUGUGCACCUCACUUCUAGACUCCUGGGAGGAAACACUAUUGCAGAACUGCCUGGAGGCCUCUUGCAGAGACAUCAGAACAUUCUGUUAGCACAAGCCCUGGGAUCCUGUGGCUCACACUAGCAAUAGUUGUAUUUUUACCCCAACAAGCUGAAACCAGGUGUGGCCACCAUGCUCCAGGGAAGGCUCAACACUGUGCCCUUAAAAAUCUGGAUCUGCAAAAAGGCAGGGUGGCCCUGCCCCAACCCCGCUUAGGGUACAGAGCCAUGAGGAUGAGCAGAGUGGGUCCUGCAGUUAGGACACAGGCAUCAGUGCAUGGGGCUUGCAUGAUCACUCCGAGUUGACAUUUUAAAUCUUGCCAUACUUCAGUAAUGCACUUAUUUCCAAUAUUUGUCGUCAGCUCUGUUAACGGCGACCUCUAGGUGUCAAACUUGUGACCAUACUAAUAAAAUCAUUGAAAGGUGAGCAGAGGGCAAA